GCAGCAGCAGCGCCGGAGCCCCGCAGGCACCAUGGGGCACAGGCGCCACGGGCCCGGCAGCGACUCGGCUGCUGGGGACGCAUCGCCACCGGGGCCCCGGCACCGGGGCUCUGCUUGAAGCAGCGGCACCAGCCCGCCCCCGGAGCCCCUAUGGACUGGAGGAUGCGGGGGCCCGGCAGAGCCGCUGCCGCCAUCGGGCUCUGGCUCUUGGCGCUGGGUUCGCUCCUGGCGCUGUGGACCCGGCUCGCGCCGCGGGCGGAGCAGCGCCCCUUCCCCGGGCCGGGGCUUCUGCGCCCCGGGCGGAGCAGCGGGGAUCGCGCGGCGUCGCCGGCUCUGCUCCUCCCCCGUCUACGGCUGGGGGACGCCCGCGGCGGCCCCGCGAAAACUUUCCGGGCGCUGCUCACCGUGCCGGCCGCCGGGGAGAGCCCGCCCCAGCGCCUCUCGGAGCCGAGGCAGCCCGGGCACGUGGAGGAGCCCCGGCGGGAUGGCCCGGAGGCCGUGCAAGGGGGGAUCUUCUGGAGCCGGGGCCUAGAGGAGCAGGUGCCCCGCGGCUUCUCGGAGGGGCAGGCGGCAUCCUGGCUGGAGGCGGCGCGCGGGGCCCGGGUGGUGGCCCUGGAACGUGGGGGCUGCGGGCGCAGCUCCAACCGGCUGGCCCGUUUCGCCGACGGCACCCGCGCCUGUGUGCGCUACGGCAUCAACCCAGAGCAGAUCCAGGGCGAGGCCCUGUCCUACUACCUGGCACGGCUGCUGGGCCUCCAGCGCCACGUGCCCCCGCUGGCGCUGGCGCGGGUGGAGCCGCGGGGCGCGCAGUGGGCGCAGGUGCAGGACGAGCUGCGCGGCGCGCACUGGGCCGAGGGCAGUGUGGUGAGCCUGACCCGCUGGCUGCCCAACCUCACCGACGUCGUGGCCCCCGCGCCCUGGCGCUCGGAGGACGGGCGCCUGCGGCUCCUGCGCAGCGGCGGGGGCGAACUGGCCAACCGCAGCGAGCCCGAGCUGGUGGAGCUGGUGCAGUGGACCGACCUCAUUCUCUUCGACUACCUGACGGCCAACUUCGACCGCCUGGUCAGCAACCUCUUCAGCCUCCAGUGGGACCCGAGAGUCAUGCAGCGCGCCACCAGCAACCUGCACCGCGGCCCCGGAGGGGGCUUGAUCUUCAUAGACAACGAGGCGGGCCUGGUGCACGGCUACCGGGUGGCGGGCAUGUGGGACAAGUACAACGAACCGCUGCUCAAGUCGGUGUGCGUCUUUCGCCAGCGCACCGCCCAGCUGGUCCUGGAGCUGCACCGGGGUCAGGACGCCGCCGCGCGGCUCCUGCGCCUGUACCGGCGGCACGAGCCGCGCUUCCCGGAGCUGGGCGCCCUGGCCGAGCCCCACGCGCAGCUGCUGCAGCGCCGCCUCGACUUCCUUUCCAAGCACAUUUUGCACUGCAAGGCCAAGUACGGCGGACUGUGACUUGGGACCGGAGCUGUGGGGUGGUGUACUGGGGGAGGAGGGGAUGGAAAGGCCAAAGACAGCUGCUCUUUGGAUGGUCUGCACUUCCCUCGUCUGUCUGGGAGUUGUUGAGCCAACGCCCACUGAGUGACCCGAGCCAGGAG